ACCUGGGGUUAUCAGGCACCCCCUCACCACAGGUGGGACCCUCCAGAGGGCUCUCCUGUCCACCCCCAGCGCCCACAUGUGGGCCCCUGUCCACUCGCACACCUGCGCUGCCCACACUGCGAGAUCUUGCCUCUCUGCCCGUGGGGUCCGCUCCGCUCGAGGGCCCUCUGCGGAUACCUGCUGCUCAAGUGCCAGGUCCGCACGGCACUCCUCCUGGGCCACCCCACCCACACCCACGAGCUUGGCAGCUGACGCAGACGCGGGCCCUGUGGUCCUGGUGCUGUCCCCAUGCCAGGGGGAAGGAGCCUGAGGAGCAGGUGGGAGGCCUCGGGCAAGGCCCCUUCCCCUCCCCCCCUUCAGACAGGACGGGAGGGGGGAGCCCUGAUGCCGGAUAUUUCUCCUCCAAAGUCGGCCCCACCCAGCUCUGGAGGGGGCAGGCUGCCAUCAGGCUCCUCUGGGGCCUGGCGGCCCGAGGCGGAGAGCUGGCUAACCCUGGAGCGGUGCCAGGUGGAGGUGCCUUCUCAACCAGGACGAGGGCGAAGCCAAGCGGCGCCAGGGGCCCUGACUGUCCCUGAUGGCGCCAGGGCAGGUCCGGCCUCUUUGCCCUGCCCCCGUCCGGUCCGCUGCCCCCGGGCGACGACCCCCCCACGAGGAGCUGCCAUGGCCGGGCCCCCAAGGACAGGGACGGAGAGGUGAUGCAGCUGGGGCCCGGCUCCCCGCCGCCCCAACCCCGCCGAGACCAGCACCCCGACACCACGGGCCCCGAGCCGCCCCCGCCCCUGGUGCCGCCGCUGCCCGCCGGCGGCCUGGGCCCGUACCCGCCGUACUUCGAAGGCGCCCCCUUCCCGCACCCGCUGUGGCUGAGGAACACCUACCAGCAGUGGGUGCCCCAGCCGCCGCCCCGGGCCAUCAAGAGGACGCGGCGGCGCCUGUCCCGCAACCGCGACCCGGGCCGGCUCAUCCUGAGCACCAUCCGCCUGCGGCCGCGCCAGGUGCUGUGUGCGAAGUGCAAGCGCACCCUGAGCCCCCCGGAGGACGCCAGCCCCGGCACCCCCGCCGCCCCCAGGGCCCGCAGGCGGCUGGGCAGCGGCCCUGACAGGGAGCCGGAGGAGGAGGAGGAGGAGGAGGAGGAGGAAGGCCACCCCGCGGCCGCCGGGCGGAGGAGCAAGCGGGAGCGGCGGGAGGACGACAGGGCCCCGGUGGAGCAGGUGCCGCGCAGCCCGGUGAUCAGGAUCUCCUACAGCACGCCGCAGGGCAAGGGCGAGGUGGUGCAGAUCCCCUCCCGCGCCCACGGCUCCCUGCAGCCCUUCCGGCCCCCGCACGCCCCCCACGAAGGCAGCCCGGAGCCCGGGGUGCCGAGGGACCCCGAGCCCAGGGACAGGCCGCCCGCCAGCGGGCCCUUGGCCUGCGUCCCCAAGCUGAAGCUGACGCGUCCCGGGCCUCCCAGCUCAGACCUGCCGCCCCCCAAGAUCCGCCUGAAGCCCCGCCGCCCCGCGGACGGCGAGAGGGAGCCCCUGUACCGCGCAGAGCUGGUGGAGGAGCUGAACGGCCGGCGGCCCAGCCCUGCCCGCGGGCCAGUGGACUCGUCCUCCUCGGGGAGCUCCGGGGAGGACGAGGACUUCGAGAGGUGUCCCCAAGGCCGGCAGGGCCGGGGCGGCCUGGCGCUCCUGGUGGGCUGCCCGGCGGGGCGCGCCAGCGAGUCGGGCUGCAGCAGCGACAGCCUGGACGAGGCCAAGUCGCCCAGCUCGGAGGUGGCGUCGCCAGACACGGGCGACCUCUCGCCCGGCAGCGGGGCGUCCGCGCCUUCCUCGUCCGGGCAGGCCCCCCAGACGGUGCCGCCCCUCACGGUGCGGCUGCACACGCAGAGUGUGUCCCGGUGCGUCACGGGGGACGGGAGGACCUUGGCCGUGGGGGACAUCGUGUGGGGUAAGAUCCGCGGUUUCCCCUGGUGGCCGGCGCGCGUGCUGGACAUCAGCCUCGGCCAGAAGGAGGACGGAGAGCCGUCUUGGCAGGAGGCGAAGGUCUCCUGGUUCGGCUCUCCCACCACGUCGUUCUUGUCCAUCUCAAAACUCUCCCCUUUCUCUGAGUUUUUCAAACUGCGGUUUAACCGAAAGAAGAAGGGGAUGUACCGCAAGGCCAUAACCGAGGCCGCCAACGCCGCGAGACACGUGGCCCCGGAAAUACGGGAGCUCUUAACCCAGUUCGAGACGUAGCCGUGGUUCCUGAGCAGGUUGCCGACGAUGAGGGCAUGGCUGUUGUCCUGGAGCCUCUGACCUCCGUCCGAGGGACCCCCGUGCCCCGUGGCCGGCUGCGUGCAGAAACACGCCAGGCACCGUGGUCAGCCGGCGCGAGGCCACCGGAGGAGCAGGUGUCCAGGGGGCCCGAGCGGGGCAGCUCCUCUGUCGGAAUGUGUUUGUUCCCGUGACUCGGACUUCAGCUUUCCGGCAUUGGGAAGUGGCCGGAACUCAGCGCCGAGCUCGCUGCUGCCGCUUCACGCCUGGGGCACGGUGGCCCCCAGGCUGGUGGCCCUUGGGCGGAAGGACAGGGCCACCGCCCGGCCUCGGUGGGCUGGGGCCACCUGCAGGCUUCAGGAAAACCAAAUUGCACGUGUGGGGUUCUCCCAAGCCCCGGGGCGAGGGGUCUCUGUGCACUUGAGCGUGGGGCAGCCCCCCCACCUCUCCCUCCAUUCACAUCACCCCCGGGCUCCCGGCACAGCCCGCAGGGCCACCUUGUCCCCGAGAUGCUGCUACAAGUGACCCGUUGUGUAUGCAGAGGAUGAGGGGCUUGUCACUCUGAAAUCAGGCUUGAACAUUAAAAUGAAAACAAACUUGC